AUGGUACACUGCGAACUCUUCACUCCCUUUCCUGCUUGUGCCAGAGCUGACAAUGUCCAAAAGAUUCCUUUGAUUCCUGUCGUCGCCGGGCUAGCCGCUGUCGCUGUGCCUGCGAUAGUUACCGCACCCAUUCUUGCCGCACUGGGAUUUGGUGCCGCUGGACCUGUCGCUGGAACUGCCGCAGCCGCAGCUCAUGCCGCACUUGGCAAUGUUGUUGCUGGAAGUGCCUUUUCUAUUGCUCAGAGUGCUGCGAUGGGUGGAUACGGUGCCGCAAUUGUCAACGGAGCUGUCCAAGGAGCCGGAUUGCUCGUUACUGGGAUCUCCAGUGCCGAGUGCUUGAUCUCGGGUUGCGGGGAGAACAAGAAAUGA